GCGUAGAUAUAAGCACGACAUCAAGGGGUACGAAGCCACUAGCUAUUGGGAGGGCCCUCGAGGCAAGUAGUAGGGCACCGUGCAAGGGCAUAGGGGAGAAAAGUGUUGAGGUGUUUGGGGAGCAAGGCACCAAGGUGGAGGUGUAUGGGGAGGAAGGCGCCAAAGCUAGGGAGGCAGAGAAGUAG